AUGGAAAAGAUGGAAUUGGAACAGAAAGUAAAGCGGGUUAAAAUUCAUCUAGAAUCUUUGGGAUUCUCUGUAAAUGACGGAAUCAAGUAUGGACUAGAUCUAUUGGCAUAUACUGAUGAUCCCAGCAGAGUACACUCAAAGUAUGGAGUUAUAAUCUCAAAUGGCAUGACAUUCCAGCAGCUUGUAGCAUAUCAAAGAAUCUGCACGAGCAACAACAAAACUCUCCUUAUAGCACUUGUGAAUCAAUUCGACAUCGAGUACUUUGAAUGCCGCCGGUUUCCAGUAAAGUUCAGACAGGAUGCUAUCUCUACUUCAUCUGAAGAAACUGAGGUGCGAAUGAGCUAA